UUUGCGUGGCGGUUGUCGAAGGUGUUAUUUUCUUUCUACACUUUAAACCGAUAGUUAGCUAUGAAUGUAAUAGCCUCUGGCUGUGCGGGAGUAGCAAGUGAAUCACUGGUAUCGACAUCGCAGGGUUGCCAGCGUAUUCUGGUCACAUAUGAUGGCGACGAGGCUGAGCUGUUGGUGGAAGCUGUUUGGAUCACUCAGUCGGAUUUGUUACUUUUUUCUUCUAGUCCUGUUUGUACACGGUCACACUUGUAGACACAAAGUACCCUCCCCGUCGGAGGUCGUUCACAAAGUUUACUUGAAGUCAGAAAGAAUAUCAAAAAGAAGUGUUGACCAGCAACUCAAAAUAAAAAUCACAUAUGAUUCCAGUUUGGAAAAGUUGGCUUCAGACAAACGAAGACUUGUGAAGGAGAAACUGUUCCCACAAGCUAUUGAUUAUCUUCAGAAGACGUUUCGAGUUCGAAGGCAAACUGGCCCAGUAUUGCUUAGCAGGCAAUGUGCGACCAGCCAGUAUCUGCGGAAGAAAGAUGAUCCUCACCGCUACUGUCAGAGAGCUUGCGCUGAUGUCACCAGAUGCGGACCCGUUAUUGUCCCCGAAGAGCAUUUGCAGCAAUGCAAGGUGUGCAGUGAGGCGGGGAGGUCGUGUGGCCCCUCGGGGCCCCCGAGCGGGGAGGGGGUGGAGGGGGCCGACUUCGUGCUGUACGUCAGCGGCGUGACCACGGAACGCUGCGGCCAGGAGAACAUCGUGGCCUACGCGGCCUACUGCCAGCUGGAGUCUGAGCUUGACAGGCCCAUUGCUGGAUAUGCAAACCUGUGCCCAAGUAUGAUCUCGACACAACCUCAGGAGUUUGUUGGCAUGCUGUCCACCGUCAAACACGAGAUCAUUCAUGCCCUGGGUUUUUCAGCUGGGCUUUUUGCUUUUUAUCAUGAUGACAACGGGAAGCCGUUGACACAACGCUACGCAAGUGGAUUACCUCCAUUCAAUGAGAGUUUGGGCCUGUACCAGUGGAGUGAUAAGGUUGUGCGGAAAGCCACGCGGCUCUGGGAUAUCCGUGGCAACCGGAUGCUUCGGCAUGAAGUUCACCUCCUGGUGACUCCUCGGGUGGUGGAGGAGGCCCGGAGGCACUUUGAUUGCCCCAUCCUGGAGGGCAUGGAGCUGGAGAACCAGGGCGGCCUGGGCACCGAGUUCAACCACUGGGAGAAGAGACUUCUGGAGAAUGAAGCCAUGACCGGAUCUCACACGCAGAACAGAGUGUUUUCCAGGAUUACCCUGGCAAUAAUGGAAGACACUGGGUGGUACAGAGCCAACUACAGUCUGUCGGAGCGGCUGGACUGGGGCCGGGGCAUGGGAUGCGACUUUGUGAUGAAAAGCUGCAAGCACUGGAUGGACCAGCAGCGACGGAGUAGGCGGGUGCUCAGCCCGUACUGUGACAUGGUGAGGACCACGCCACUCCAGCUCACCUGCAGGCAGGACCAGCUGGCGGUGGCCGUUUGCAACCUGCAGAAAUACCCCCAGCAGCUGCCCCUGGAGUUCCAGUACUUCGACCACAUUGCCGGCGUGCCCCAGGAAGAGCUGGCCUUCUACGGAGGCGCGGUGGAGAUCGCAGAUUACUGCCCCUUCAGCCAGGAGUUCAGCUGGCACCUGAGUGGAGCCUACCACCGUAGCUCCAACUGCAGGGUGCUGGAGAACCAGCCUGAUCUGUGGAGGAACUACGGCGCGGAGGAGUAUGGCCCCGACUCCUUGUGCGUGUAUCAGAAGUCUCCCUUCGUCAUGGAGCGGUGCGCCUCGCGGAUGACCUAUCCCGACUGGGGCAGCGGCUGCUACAAGAUCUCCUGCUCUGCCACGGGAUUGGUCCUGUGGGUCCAGGACACGCCCUUCCAGUGCGUACACGCUGGGCAGCUGCUGAACGUCAACGUGCGCAUCAGCGAAUGGGUCUACAGCGGGACGCUGGUCUGCCCGCCCUGCGCGGACUUCUGCCCCACCUGCCCCCUCCCGCACCAGCUCCCGCCCCUCAACUCCUCCCGGAGAGACCCCAUCGACCCUUGCUCCAGCUCUUCCAGCGUGGCGGUGACGCUGGGGCUCCUCCUGGUCAACCUCCUCCCUCUGCUGGCCGGGUUUGUCCUGUGCGUGUGGAACUGAAGCCCUGAAGCCCUGGAGCCCUGAAGCCCUGGAGCCCUGGAGCCCUGGAGCCCUGGAGGUUGGGGGAGUUUGCUGGAGUUUGCCUGGGACCCCAGCACUGCUGUAGGCUCCGUAAGCGCCCUGGUAGGAGAGAUCCGGAACGGAGGUUUACCUUGAAUCCCCCCCCCCACCCCCCGUCGUGUGUACCAACUCGGCCUUCGGUUUGAGGGAACAAGAAGCCAUCGUCGUACUCCUUUUAUAGAGUUAAAGUGCCAGUGAGUAUGCUGCGGAUACAAUGAGAAGCCAUACUUCCGAGACGAGGGUGAAAUUCAGGGGCUCUGGUGCCAGUUUGGUUCGUGUUCUCGAGUGGCGGUUGGCGCCGGACGGUUGCCGGGCGAUCGCGGUCACAUUGGAACGCUGGAGUAGGUGGGUCAGUUCACAGCUCAUCGGGUGGAGCUUGUUCCCCUAAUGACAUCGGUUUUCCUGCUCCGAGCGGAUGGAAGAAGAACGUCGUUUGUCGGUGUGUGUGUGUGUGUGACGUGAUCUAGCGCGUGGUUUAAGUGUAACUGUGACAGAAUCCGAUAUUUAUAUCUUCUCAGGCUCGGGGCCUUGCAUUACAUCGAUGGUGAAUGGAAACUGACUGAAUGUCACUGUACGGUUUUGUAUAACAUUAGGACAUGAAACGAUGAACCCUGGCUGUACUGUAUGCUACGAAGCUAACGAUUAUACUUUAUGAAAAGAACACUAAUAUAUUAACUUAAAGGCAUUUUUGUAGCUCGGAUUAUAACACUUUUUAAACUUUGAAACACCGAUUAACCGGAUAACAACAUUUGUUAAUGUCGUACUUUAACAGUAAGCAUAAUGCUGCCUCAUAAACUCUCCUUCAAAGAAAUCGGGAGAAUCUGCGGGACAAUUCUCACCCCCAAUCCUGAGUCAGGAACCUCGUUUUACGAGAGUCGAUGAAAACGGCUUGCAGCUUCGUGUAGAUAAUGGUCCGGACAGAAACUAUAAACGACAGCGGUACCCCAGAGAACCGAACCCGUCAGGAAUUGCGGUCGCUCGGAAAACGCAGACGUUUUCGGAACUCUGAAGGUGACGUUGAAAUGCGCCCACCAAUUUUUACGACAUGAAAUAUUUAUUUCAGUUUGGCUUGUUUCAAGUUAUAAUAAACCAAUAACCUCAAUGGCAUUUGCCCAAACAGUAAUUGUCAUAUCAAGUGCAAUCAAAUAACCAACAGUGGAUUAAACUUGUAAACUAAAAUGGCUAAAUCCAUACAGUGGAUGUUGGGAAUUAUUAUGGAUUCAAAUACUUUUCUGUGCUCAAUUUUUGUCUGGAGCCAUCCAAGAGGACUUGGAUGGGGUUGAACUUUUUUGAGAUUAUGUCAUAGGUUCCAAUAUACCAAACAAGCAUAGAAAAGUAUUUGAAUUCAAAACAAUUGCAUAUUUGACCCAGGUCUGUUUUAGAGUCUGCAUGUUUGCAGGAAUUUGGAAACAUUUGUGUGAUUUGUUCUGAAUGUUAGCUCUAAUUUAAAAAAUAAUAAUAAUGAAAUGGUGGCAUCGUGCCAUUAUAUCCCUCACUUCUUGCUAUCGCUGAAAUUUCUACGUAUUUUAACUAAUUUAUGUAUCCACACCAAAGGUCUAUUGGUUUUGCUUUUAGCUAAUCAUUAAAAUCUAGGAGUUUAGCAUAUUUGUGCAGCUCACUCCAGUAUGAGCAUGUUUUACUAAGACAUUUGGAAUAAAAAAACGGAAAAGCUGAAUAUUCACAGCAGGGGAACAAAACCAUCAGUCUUUAUUUUUAUUUUUUUUCAUUUCUUGUUGAUGUCUAAUAUUUGCACAAGCUAACAUUCAAUACCGUACAUGUGUUGUAUGUAUAUGUUUUUUAAAAUGUUGUGUUAAUACCCAAGUACAUGGAAAAAUAUAAUUUAGUGCAAUGAGUUCUUACUUGAAGAUGCAUUGAGUGGAAAUAUUUAUCCCUUGCACUUUGUGCUGCCUUGGCAUCACAGGAAUAGAAGUAUACAAAAAAAAAAGAGAUUUUCGGCUGACAUGUUUGCGUAAGGUUAGCCCUUGAUCAGCAACACUGUAGAAUGGUACUUCUGUCUUGUCAUGGGGAUUACAAUGGCUUUUAACAGUCAUUUUUCACGUUUGGGUCAAUAUGUGAGUCAUUCCUACCACAUGAGGCGUUCGGUCUGCAUUUUUUGUUAGUUUUUGCUUUGGGGGUCAUCUCUGUGUUUAGGCAGCUACAGUAUUUUGUUUGAUUUGUAAAUGUGUUGAAGAAAAGCAGCUUUUCCCAGAAAAUGUGACAACCCACACACAUUUUUGGAUACUGAAGGGAUUACUGGUGAUGGUGAAUGACUAAUGUGGCGUUACAGAAUAUUUUCCCUUUUCCAUUUUUGAGAAGGGAAAUUUAAAAGCAUUAUGUCUGUAAUGGACAUAAUCACAUAGAUGACAUCAUAAAUAUGGAUUUGUAUGAUACAAUGUGGGUUAUCAGAUUUUAUUUAUUUUUUCCUGGUUAGCCUUUAUUGUAUUAACCUACCAUUGUACUGUAGCAGUGUCAGAAUAUUUUUUCUUCUUUUUUUGGUCAUUUAGCAGAUGCUUUUAAUCCAAAGCGAUUUACAACCAGAAUAUUUAUGGCUUUGUAAAUAGGUCAGAGGUUACAUAAGGCCCCCCCCCCCCCCUUUUUUUUUUCCUAAAUGCACUAAACCUGUCAUCAGUAAGCCUUAACAUCCUGAGAGAAAAGUCUUAAAGGAGACUAGCAGUGGUAGCAGGAACUGGAAUAUCAACACCGUACCAUGGUGCCUACCCAUCUAUCAUAUGUACCAGUUUCACAGGGCGGAGGGUAGGCGUGUUUUUAAGUCUUGUCUUUGUAACGAUCAUCAUGUAUGUUACAAGUGACGUAUGCAGAAUUUUGGUAUUAGGUCAAAUUUGAGAGUAAUUCCACAUGUAGUAAGAAGUCGGUACAGGCAUCUACUAUACCAUGCACAAUGCCACAAAAAAAACAAUUUUAAGCGGGACUAUACUUUGUUUUUGAAUGUACUUUUGUAUAUUUCUUUUUGAAACGUUGCUGAGAAGUCCAUUUCAUUCUCAAGAAAGAAAAUGCUUUGUUCAGGGGUCGACAGUGCUCCCUGGAAAAAGAACAUUUAUACUAACUGGGAUGCAUGAGUGUGCUCCUAAUGUUCAGAGCAGGUGUUCAGGUGUGCUCCCUGAGUCCUACCUGUGGUAACUGUAUCCCUGAAAACACCUUUACAGGUGUAUGCGUGGAAAAGGUCGGUGCAUGGAAAAUAUACUGUGGUAUACUUUCAAACUCGAUAAACUGCUGCAAGGUUUAUUGGUUAUCAAUUCUUUUGACUUUCCAUCAUUAAUCCAUGUUGCAGAUUUCCAGACAGGGGUAUAGUACUACGAGGUAUACUGCAAAUAUUUGUUCUCCGUCAAGUUUUUAGAUAUUCCCAUUUUUCAUAUUUGUAUUUUUAAGACUUCUUUGUUCGCAUUCCAUAAGAGCUAUGUACUGUGAUGCUUUUGUAUGCACUGUAAACGUUAUUCAUUGCUAAUUGUUAGUUUCUUGUAGUAGGAAUUGUCAAAAUUGUUCUGUGCUGAAAUUCCUGUCUUAUUUCUAGUUGUUUGGUGUAUUAUCAUUUUUCCCAUUAGUCAAAUUAAAAUAUGUUGAACUAAGUUGGUGACAAUCUUUAGUACACCAAGAGAGGUCACAAUUAUGCAUUGUUCCCCAGUUUUCUGGAAUUCAAGACUCAAUCACAGCUGUUAAAUAGUAGUAGACAGUCAACAUGCACAACUUUGCUAUUUCCUCUUCAAGUACAUGUUCUGGCUGCUUCAUAUUACAUGGAAAUCGUUAUAUUUAACUGAAUAAGCUUUGAAACAAACUGACGCCGAUUUGAAGGACUAUGUUGUAUGUAAACGAGUAACACAGUGGCAUCACUACAGCUUGUAAUUCUGUUUUUUGAUGAACUACUGAUUAAAGCAAGUGACACAAAGGUAUGUCAGUGAUUUGAUUGGCAUGACGUCAUGCCAAACUGAAAUCACGAUAUACCCCCACCUUUCUUAAUGUACAGAGACCAAAGACAUUUCUAUGCAGAAAUCUAGGUAUUAAAGCUGUACAUUUACAGAAAUAGUAGAACCAAUCAUUAAUAGCCAUACUCCUUAAAUGGUCUGGGGUUCAAAUGACACUGAAUUAAAGCAAGGAUGAUUAUAUUACAGCUUGUAGACAUUGUGCCACUGUUUACCACACUAUAAAUGGUCAGAGUUGGUGCUCUUUUGGGCCAUUGUCUACUCUUAUCUGCGUUAGAGUGGUUGACAUCCGGUUUAUUCAUUUUAUUAAUAGUCAACAAAGGGCUUCUGUAUUACAGUUAGUGCAAUGUAUGUGGUCCAAAUCCAUACAAAGAAAUAAACAUGAAUUCAUCUUGCCUAGUUUCAUUAGCCUUUCUUUGUGGACUAAUGUACAGUAUAUGUUGUAUCAAGUAUCAUUCAUGUUUUUAUGACAAUUUCACUUACAGUAGUAUGCUUUCGAUUUUUUUUUUUAUUUUUUUUUUUUUUUUUUUUACAAAAUU